AUGUCUGGACGGGGCAAGGGCGGGAAAGGCCUGGGAAAGGGGGGCGCUAAGCGUCAUCGCAAGGUUUUGCGUGAUAAUAUCCAGGGCAUCACUAAGCCCGCCAUUCGCCGUCUGGCCCGGCGUGGCGGUGUGAAGCGCAUUUCCGGCCUUAUCUACGAGGAGACACGCGGGGUGCUGAAGGUGUUCCUGGAAAACGUUAUACGGGACGCUGUCACGUACACCGAGCACGCUAAGCGCAAGACUGUUACCGCCAUGGACGUAGUCUAUGCGCUCAAGCGCCAGGGACGCACUCUCUAUGGCUUCGGCGGUUAA